UGUGGGCAGCAUGUUGACCUUCCUGGUACUCGCACUGACCGCUGGACUUUUGCUGUAUGUCAAACUUCGCUGGCACUACGCCUACUGGAAGCGCCGGGGCGUGACUGGCGAGACUCCGGUGUAUUUCCGCGGAAACAUGAGUGGACUAGGCAAGGAGCUCCACUGGACGGACAUCAACCUGCGGAUCUACCGGAAGUUUCGGGGAAAAGUGCGCUACUGCGGCUUCUUCACCUUCCUCAGCAAGGCCCUGUUCGUCAUGGACUUGGAGCUGAUCAGGAAGAUCAUGAUUAGUGACUUCGGCAGCUUCGCCGAUCGCGGACUCUUCCACAACGUAAAGGACGAUCCGCUGACGGGGAACCUCCUGUUCCUGGACGGACCCGAGUGGCGCUGGCUGCGCCACAACCUGACGCAAGUGUUCACCUCGGGCAAGAUGAAGUUCAUGUUCCCCACCAUGGUGGAGGUGGGCGAGAAGCUGACGCAGGCCUGUCACCUGCAGCUCGGCGAGAUCGAGGCCAAGGACCUGUGUGCCCGCUUUAGCACGGAUGUGAUCGGGAGCUGCGCCUUCGGACUGGAGUGCAACAGCCUCCAGGAUCCGGAGUCGGAGUUCCGUCGCAUGGGUCGCUCGGUGACCUCGAAUCCCCUCCACUCGAUGCUCGUGCAGGGCUUCAUGUUCGCCCAGCCGGAUCUGGCCAGGAAGCUACGUUUUAAACUGUUUCGUCCGGAGGUCAGUGAGUUCUUCCUGGACACUGUGCGCCAGACAUUGGAGUACAGACGGCGGGAGAACAUCCAUCGCAACGACCUGAUCCAGUUGCUCAUGGAACUGGGCGAGGAGGGGGCCAAGGAUGCAUUGUCCUUCGAGCAGAUCGCAGCCCAGGCACUGGUCUUCUUCCUGGCCGGAUUCGACACCUCAUCCACCACCAUGUCAUUCUGCCUGUUUGAGCUGGCCUUAAACCCGGACAUCCAGGAUAAACUGCGAGUUGAGGUCCUGGAAGUCUUGGGGCGCAACAACCAAAAACUCACAUACGAGUCCGUACAGGAAAUGCCUUACUUGGAUCGAGUGGUGGCCGAGACGCUGCGAAAGUAUCCCAUUCUGCCCCAUUUAAUGAGACGUUCCACGAAGGAAUAUUUAAUACCGGAUAGCGACUUAGUUCUAGAGUCGGGAACUAAGAUAAUUAUACCUGUGCACAGUAUUCACCACGAUCCCGAGCUAUACCCAGAUCCGGAGAAGUUCGAUCCCAGUCGCUUUGAGCCGAACGAGGUCCAGGCCCGACCUCCCUUUGCUUAUCUGCCCUUUGGCGAUGGGCCUCGGAAUUGCAUAGGCGACCGCUUCGGCAAAUUACAAGUAAAGGUGGGACUUGUCUACCUUUUGAAGGACUUCAGGUUCAGCAGAUCAAAGAAAACACAGAUCCCGCUGAAGUUUUCGAGUCGCACUUUCCUAAUUUCCACCCAAGAAGGAGUUCAUCUGCAAAUGGACAGAGUGGCCGCACCGUAAAAAACCGUGUAUUAGUCAUAAAAUUAAAAAUGUUAAAAAUGUAAUCUUCGAAUUAUUGCCGUUCUAGAUUGCAUUAAUUCCUAUAAUAUACAUAUGAACACAAA